AUGCCCCCCAAACUGCCCGCCAACCUCGUAUCAGCAGCCGCCGACGCCCCUCCCCCUGCGAACGAUGCCGCUAGUACCAGCGGUUCUGCGCGAAGCACCCCCGCCCUCGGCGGUACACCAGGACCCAGUGCCGGUCCUAGUGCGCCGGGCGUGCCCAAGAUGAAAUUCAAGCCCAAAGUGCCCAUCAGGAGGCAAAAGACAGAGGCGGAAGUCAAAGCUGAACCUGCCCCUUCGGCAUCGACGAGAGGUGCUCCCCGAGGUCGUGGGAGAGGCGAUUCCCGUGGAGGACGAGGUGGAAGAGGAGGAAGAGGAGGGGCGGUCGUAUCUACAUCAACCGCUGCAGGUGUCUUUGGCGGUCCUCGACCCGCUACUUCCACUACUCGAAAAUUCACAGCCGCCGCCUCCGCCCCCCGCCUCCCCGAAUACCCCUCCGACGCCGAAGAGUACUCCGACCACUCCUCCGAAGACGGCUUCACCUCCACCCGGCCUAUCGACAUUGAUCUCGUCUCGACCAUGUCUGAAUCGGCACCGACGAGUAUGCAUAGGGAUCGAAAGUUGACGGGGGGGCCGAAGGCGAAGGAGAUGAAGGAUAAAGAGAAGGCGGAUAAGGCUAGGGUGAAGGCGAAGAAGGCCAAAGGCAAGCAACCUGUACCUGUACCCGUGGGGCAGGGGGUGAAGCCGGAACCGAUCUCGCCGAGUCAAGAGUUCCAGCCGCUAAGAGACGACGACGCCAUGAUGUCGGACGACGAGGACCAAGACCGGGACGAACGCGGGCGUCGGGUGCGCAACUUUAUGCAGACGGGUGGGAUUGAAGAAGCGAGCCCGGAGGAGGAUGAAGAAGUCAAUGCGGCGCAGAUGGUGGAUCUGAGUGAGAGCGAGAGUGAGGAGGAGGAAGAGGAUAUGGAGGGGGACUUUGUGGCUACCGAAGGCGGGGAUGAUCCCGAAAACAAGCUAUUCGUAUUCCAAUUCCCCCACCUCUUUCCCAAAUUCAACCCCCCCGGCCCUGUCGACCUUACCAACCCCAACGCUGCGUCUAUGCCCGGGGAAGACGUCAAACCGGAUAUCAAACCGACCGCCGCGCAGCUCAAAGCACAAGCGAGAAAGGCGAAAGAAGAGCCGGUGCCGGAGGGCAGGAUCGGGACGAUGGUGGUGAUGAAGAGUGGGAGGAUCAAGAUGGUUUUGGGCGAUGGGAUCGUCAUGAACGUCGCCCCCGGAGUUCCACCAACAUUCACCCAACAUCUCGUCCACCUCGACCCCAAACAAAAGGCCGCCAUCGUCAUCGGCGAUAUCCACAAAAACUACGUCGUCACCCCUGAUAUAGACAGGCUGCUGCAGGAGCUUUAUUUGAAUGGGGGGCAGACGCCGGGAGAUCUGGAGGCUGGGAAGAGGGAGGAGGUUAGGAGGUCCAAGGGGUUGGUCAAGAUGGAGGAUUUGUAG